AUGGAGAGAAGUGCUACUUUCAACACAACAUCUUUUGCUGAGGGUCGGUUUCGCCGAGCGUACAAAGGACGCUGGACAGCUCCGGUGAGCGAUGCAGGUCGCGUCUGCGUUGUGAAAGAAAUGAAGGACAACUACAGCUGGAACGAAGUGGACUGGAACGACACUGUAAAGAUAAACGAGCGAGCCAAGGACCUCGCUGCACGUUUCACCAGCAGGACCCCAGCGGUGUACGUAAUGCGAGUGACGAACGCACCUUGUCCUCACACCAGACCCAAGUUGCACGAGUACGUGACGUGCGAGGACUACAUACCGGGGCCGUUCAAGAAGUGGUGCAACAACUACGGCUACAUCAGCGAUGAAUGCACAAUUCUUCCAGCUUUUAUGCACUGGUCGUGGGCACGCAGUAUGGGAGAAGAGAUGGUAUCAGAUCUUCAGGGCGUUCGAAACGGCAGUGCUUACACUCUCACUGAUCCAGCAAUGCUGUCGCUCUCUGGGACCUACGGAGUUACCGACAUGGGAGUGGAAGGGAUGGCAAUGUUCUUUCUCGAGCACAACUGUGACAAGUAUUGUCAGAUGCUGCCCAAGCCAACGCUGGCUCACUUUUAA